AUGUGUUUGAGUAGGUCAAGUAGCAGGAUUUGUUGCGACUUUCGACUAAGAAGCUUGUUGUCGAUAGGUGUUAUACUCUUAAAAGCUAAUGGACGGGACUAUCGUAACGGUUCUCGCCAUGCUGAACAUGCAUAUGAAAAUUCCGUUUCAAGAAAACGUUAUCGGGAUGUUCCAUUCCAGUCACGAAUGCCUUUCGAAAAUGAUUUAAAAGAUAGGGAAUAUGACUACUACAAUCCAAACAAGGAAUAUGUUUCCCCCAGUAAAGAACUUCGACGUAGUAAACAUGAUGUAGAGAAGUUUCGCCAAGAUCCGCGGUACAGUCGUGAUUCAAACACUAGUCCUGUUCCGAAAAAACGUAGUAAAAUGGACAGUCGAGUCGAAUCAUCUCCUCCCAAACCAUCUCGUGUACUUGGUGCUUUUGGAUUGUCUAUGCGUACUGAGGAACGGCAUUUGUAUGACAUAAUGAAAAAGUACGGCGAAAUAGAGGAGAUAAAACUUGUUCAAGAUAAUUUAUCUGGGCGUUCACGUGGUUUCGCGUUUAUAUAUUUUCGGUCUAUUGAAUGUGCUCGUUCAGCGCGCGCUGCAUGCGCUCGAGGUUUGGAACUACAUGAUCGUAUUGUUCGCAUUGAUUACAGCUACACUGAGCGACCACACAAUCCUACACCUGGAAUAUAUAUGGGCAAAGAAAAACGACUAAAUCAUGGUGAAUCUGGACGCCGGUCGAACUUUGCAGAGCACCAGAGAUCCACGUACGGGGAUAGAAAUUCCAGACCACGUCCUUCUCAAAGAAUAUCUCGACGUCCAACAGGUGAGCGACCCGAUCGUUACCAUCAGUCCCCAGAGGAAAACAGCCGACCUCGUAAUUCGUUAGCAUACAAUUCAAAUAGCCGUAGUCGCAUAGUGAGAACAAACAAUGGUGUCCAACAAAGUCGUUCUCGUCAACCACGUUCUGAUGUGAUGCGUAAUGCAUAUAACAUGCGACGCCAAUCUAAAAAUGAGUAUUCGUCAAUGAACUACAGCUCUACAACACACUGAUAACAAAAUGCAUUUCAGUUUAUACCACUGUAUCUUUAAAAAAUAGACUUAUUGUAUUUACGUGAAAACUGGCUGAAUAUCACUACUGCUUUCCAUUAUGUUGUUGGUUUUCAGUUAAUUUAAUUGUGUAAUUCAAUUUCAUUGGGACAGUAAAUGUGUACAUCGUCUUUCAUUCUCUAAGAACUAUUUUGCGCGUUAGCUACAGAGCUUACUACGUAUAUGAAAAACAAGAGUAGUUCAAUACCAAGUAUCUAAUCAAAUGAAGUUGAGCUUUGUCCUCUUUUCUCACUACUUUUAAUGAGUAGUAUAUUGGAAACACGAGUAAAAUGGUAUUGUUAGAAUAAAUUGAUUAAUCUCAUGAAAUUUCCUAGAUGUACAUUGGAGAGUGGGAUUUGGAUUUUUACAUGUUACUAUGAAAGCAAAUAACACUGGAUCAUGGAUAUAUCGAUAUAAUAAAAUUUCAUGAACGAUGAAUGAAGAUGGUGUGGAAUAUUUGAGAAAUUUCCAGUUUUUCCGCCUACAGGUUCUUCACUAACCUAGUGCUCUUAGAACUUUUCCUCUGUUUAAGAUAAUCAUCGAUCCCACUCCAAAUAUUACUGUGUAACUAUUCUUGCGGCUGCUUUUCAUAUACUGUAUACCGGUUUUUUUUGCAUAACUGCGUCUUCACGUUUAUUUGUUUUCCACUGUUUUCUGGACUCUAUUGUGCUUCUCAAGUAUGGUUAUCCAUGAAUAUUGCCUAACAUCUAUCUAAGCUAAACUUGAAUAAAAUUAAUCUUUUAGAAAUAUUAAUCCCUUAUGUGCUUUCCAUCAAAUGUGUUACCUUACACAUGCGACAGUCGUUCUUAAAUUACUCACAUCAAUAAAAUAUUAGGACUGUUGAUUUAGUACUCUUCUUCAAGACAAACGGACAUUCAACAAGAAUAAUCUAUCACAAAAAACAGAUGAUAAUCAAAAUUGUUACUAAACUCCAAGAAAUUGGAAUUGAACAAGUCAUAAAUUUGGAAUACUAUCUGCAUGUUUUUCGGGAUUUAUAUUGAUGGAUUUAUGUUUGCGUGUGUCAGCUUUCAUGGAUUAUUAUCACUAUACGAAAUUAUUUUCAUCCUUAAAAAUCGAGUUUUUCAUCGAAAGAUUAUCAAAGUUCUACCAGUAGUAUAAGCUUCAUAGCGUGGAAACUAGUGUAUUUCAACCUUCGAUUGGAGUUUCUUUGUACAUAUUCCUGUCAAUUAACUUUAAAAGCACUCAUAACUGGUUUUCGUUGUUAAAUGUUCUCUAAAAAUGAUUCAGCUAAAGAAGUUAGUAACGGAUUCUGCAUUAAAAUAAAGGUUUUUUAAAGAAUGGGGCUUGUUUUCAUCGCAGCAAUAUUGUACCUCAGAUCAAUCCAUCGAACUGCAAUCACAACUACAUUUACCCAAAUUAUUGCUUUCCACAACAAUAAUACUACUAUUAAAGUUAAAGGAUUAUGCACAUAGUAAAAUGCUGAAUUGGAGUAGCACAUUUUUGAAUUCUCAGGACUUUUGCUAGAGUAAAAUGAUGUAAUCCUUGAAAGUACUAAAACAAAACGAUUAAUAAACUGGGUUAACUUUCAUAACUCCCGGCGAAAGUCAUAUUUAUUGCUUGUGUUGAAUAUUGAGAUUGGUUUGGAAUUUGUACAAACCUUUAAGUUGGUUAGCAUUCUCUUUGUAAAUAUUCUCUGAAUAUUUGUUGACGAUUCUCCGUCAUUCUUUCAUUGUAAAUAUCAGCUUAAAAAUUUCAUAGAUAUCGACCGUGAUAAAAAGCAUUUAAUUAGUUCAAAUGCGUAUAUUUUGAAACGGGCAACUCCAAGUCUUUUCUUAUUUUGGUGUUACUUUUGUUUAUGUCUGAUUUUUCGGUGUCUUAGCAAACCUUUGGAGUGAUGUGAACGCUUUCUACUCCUUACCAUUUAGCAAAAAUUAUUUCUGCAACAACUCUUGUAUUUAUUAAUAACGAGUUGAAAUCACGAUAACUUUAUUGUCAGCCCCCCCCCAACAGUCACGUUUAUUGCAUCUGAUGUAACAAACUACUGGAUUCCUACAGUCUAUGGAUAGUUUUCGAACGUAUCACUUUUUAAUGCAUCGUGUGCAGCUUUCCGGUGUUAACAUUUUCAAGACUUGUCCGAAAAUAAAUCAUAUUUAACUACAUUUUUGUAACCACAUUUUGUCUAGCCUUCAAGUUGUGAAAACAUAUCUUAUUGACUCAGUAUCAAAAGUGUGAUUAUCUUACAAAGUGAGGAUUCAUAGAACCGAGAUUCAGCUCAGCUGAUUGCAAAUGUGUAAACAAAACACAGAAAUUGGUUUCGUUCAAUUUAUUUGCUAGCCAACUACCUACAUGUUAACUUCAUUUUAAUAAUGCUUGUGGGCGUUUUUAAACUUGAUUGUUUUAAGGGUUGGUGCGAAGUUAUCUCGGUGUAUUGUCAAUUCAAUCGAUCUGCUAUAAUUGAAUUUCAAGCUGAAGUACACCGGAGAUUGUAGAGAAUAAUUUUUCCCUAGUCAAAAAUUCUCAAAAUCCCAAUAUUUAUUUAGAAGAAUCAAUGGACAAAAACGUGAAGGAUCCAGUCAGUUAAUUUUGUGAGAAGCAAAAUAAAGCUGAAAGGUUGUUAAGUCUAAUAUCCUGGAGUUGUAUUUAACUGUGAGUUGGCCAAUUUUACUUCAGUCCCAACAGAAUGUAAACGAGCUUACAGGAAUUUGCCUAUAUUUGCGUACCAUAAACACAAUUUCAUGCGUGUAUGCGAUUGAUGAAUCUUGCUUCGUAAAUGUAAAUGAUUUGAUCUCAAGAGUCGUGUAAGAAAAAAAUGUUCUAUUAUGAAACAUACUCUGAAAUGUAAUAUGUUUGGUCGACUUAAUGUUGAAUAAUGAUGGCUUACUUCCUAUUAAAUGAUUAAUCUUAAGUGGGAAGCCUUGCAGUCUCCAAAGUCCGUACGGUAUUGAUAGAUGUAAUUGUUUGUCUACAUGGAUUGUUAUAGUAAUUAAGUGUCACUAGACAAAGAUAAAUUAAAUAGUCCUGAAUCGUAUUGAUAACCCCUUCAUGUUAUUGUUGUAUAUGUUUAUUUUGAACAAUCGGGUAACAUGUAUCCAGAAGAAUAGCUGUUGUAAUCAACUUUGGUUUAAUGAAAACCGUGAGGAAAAGUUGUUACUCUGACAUCUACUAAAUAACCGUUGUAUAUCAAUCCAUCAUGCUAAAUAACUUAAUUAACCAAAUAUCUUGCAACUGCUUAAUCGAAUGAAUACUACACUUAUUUAAUUUGAAUUGUACUUAUUUAGUUACCAUCAUCAGCCUGCAUGACCGGUCACUAUACUUAGUACUAUGAGUAAUUUAUUUAGUUGACGUCUGCCACGUAAUAUAUAAAUGAUUCUAAGAGGAAUUUUGAUAAUCAUUAACAGUUUACCCUUAACUAACCCCAUCAGUUAUGUCUACAGUAUAUUCUAGUGAAGUUCCUGUAUUUGAAAUUAGUUGUACUAUCACUGUCAGCGUUUGGAAUAUGAAGAAAUUGAAAUUUUGAACAACUGAGUUGAUCACAAACUAAAUAUGUUAAUCAUUGUUUAUUUAUUCUUAGUUUUAUGAAAAAUUUCCUUGUUAGUAAAUGCUUACAAAAAAAAUUUGUUUCUCAUAUUUCCACUUAUUUUUACAAUCCAUUUAGUUUAUUUGCUAAAACCUUGUUUUUAUCUUAACAAUAUUAUGAAUGAUCAACUGCGAAAUAUUAUUUCUCCUUGUUAUUUGUUUGAAAAUACAUAAUUUCUUCAUAG